AUGAUCUGGAAAGCGAGGUGCAAAUCGGGGUCGAAAGUUCUUCUCUUCGUAUUAUUGCUUGCCCAACUGUUGACUGAGGUCCACGCCUUCCCCUUUGACAAGGCAUCAGGAGUCACGGAACUCUCCCCCGAUACCUUAUUUAGGUUUGUACAAUCUCAUAAACCCACGGUGAUUCUCUUCUAUGCACCGUGGUGUGGGCACUGUGUAAAAUUUCAUGAUGAGUAUAAACAAUUUGCUCAUGCUUCCAAGGGCUCGAUACGCGUGGGCGCGAUCGAUGCCCAUGCACACCCAUCUAUUGCCAAACAGUUUAGUAUCCAAGGCUUUCCAACAAUCAACUACUGGAAGAUGGGAACGAAGUCGAUCUACAACCCUGAUGAGUACCGAGGACCUCAUACGUCUGCGUCCCUGAUGUCAAUGAUGAUAAGCGACAUCCGAUCCGACCGUGUGGUUCAGUCCGUUCGCACCCUAGAGGAUAUUCUCGAUCUGAUCCCGAAGUCACCCAGUGGGAAGCUGACCGUGCUCUUUUCGUCGAAGAAGAAGAUUCCACCUAUCUUCUCCGUCCUAUCCCUCUCACCUCGGCUAAAGGAUAUGACUUUUGUGUUUGUUCGCGACGACGAAGCCAAAAUCGGCUCCAAGUUUGGAAUCACACAAAUCCCGUCGGUGGCGGUGAUCGAACCUUCCGCUGGCGACCCGUCGGGGCCCGCCAAGGCGGUGGUGUACCCCUCCAAGGCGUUUUCCUAUGAGGCCCUCGCGCGGUUUGUUCUUUCCUCCCUCAAGGGGAAGUCCUAA